AUGGCACUCUAUGAGGAACUCUCUUCCUUAAAGAUGAAAGAAGGGGAGGGAGUGGCUGCAUACUGGGCGCGUGCCGAGGACUUGAGGUCCAAGUACUUGGCUGCAGGAGGGAAGGAGGAGGUUGAGGAGUGGAUGAUGAGGGUACUCAAAGGACUACCUCCUCACUUUGAGAUGGUGAAGGUAGUGCUGAACAACCAAUCAUCAUCGCUUACUAAGGAUCAGCUGCUUACCUCCUUGAGGAGCGAGGAGAUGCGGAUUGGUGUCGCACCAAGAUCGGAUGGUGUAGCCACUUUUGGAGCGGGUACGAAAGUGGGCAGCAGCGGCAGGGGAAAUUGGGACAAGGGAGGAAAGCAUGGAGGCAGCGGUAGCAGCAGUGACACCAACUCGGGCAGAUGGGGUCAAGGAAAAGGCAAAGCGGGAGUGCUUGAUUUCCCCUGGGGGUCCAAGGGCAUGGCUCCUCGGGGGUUGUGUCAUGGCUGUUGGGAUGAGGGACAUGCAUGGCAACGAUGUCCUCAUCGACCUAAGGGAGGCAUUCCGGCAUUCUUAAAGCGGGGGGGUCGUGGAUCCAACGGCAAGGCACAGGUGGCGGAUGAGGAGGAGCAGGAUGACAAGGCAGAGGCAGUGGUUGGAGAGGCAGUUGCAGCAAUGGGAGAGGAGCAGCCGCGAGAGGGGUGGUGGAUUGACAUUGGGGCCAGCCACAACUUUACUCCUUAUGCAUCGGACUUCAAAAGUAAGCUUCAGCCACCAGAGGUUAGAUUGGGAGAUGGACGGGUGGUGAAAGCUGUUGGCAUGGGUGAGGUGCCAGUGGUUGGUGCUGGAGGUCAGCUGCUGAGGAUUCAAAAGGUCCACCUUGUGCCUGAGAUGCACACGCGUGUGCUGUCAGUCCCACACCUCACCUCUCGAGAUGUCAUUGUCACAUUCAAGGGCAAGAAAUGUGUUCUUAAACGGGGGGAGAGGGUGUUGGCGAUUGGAGAAAAGGAGAGGGGCAGGGACCAUGGAUUGGUGCGGAUGGUCACCCACAGUGCUUUGCCUGCCUCCAUCACACCAAUAGAGGCGUGGUCCGGCCAGAAGCCGCAUGUGGGCAUGGCUCGGAUUUGGGGUUGCUUGGGGAGUGUCAUGCUGCAUGGGCAUGAGAAGGGUGGCAAGCUUGAUGCACGGGCUGUCAUGUGUGUCUGUGUUGGGGUGGACAUGGAGAGCAAGGGUUGGCGCAUGCUGGACCCUUCUUUCAUGCGCAUUCGCAUUGCUCGGGAUGUUGAUUUUCUCGAGAAUGUGAUGUGGAAGGAUUGGGAUAAGGCAAAGGGAUUUGGGGAGCUUCUGCAGGAUGCAGCUGCGAUUUCCCAACUCCUCCCUCUUCCACUCUCGCCACCCUCAGCAACGGCUGACGACGUUAAGAUGCCACCUUCAUCACUGCCACCGGCACCGCUGAGUGUGUCGGUGCAGAAGCAGCCCACCCCUCUGCAGCAGCUCAGUGGCCCCUCGGUCAUUCAGCGGAGAUCCGCUACACAGGCUACUUCCUCUUCCCCCUCCUCUGGUCCGCGCUCUGUCCCUCUCUCUACGGGUGCCCCUCCGUCACCAGCGACUACCUCCCCACCACCGGUUACGGGUUUGCAGGUGCUUGGUAUCUUGUCUGGUACAGGCGGUGAGGAGGUAGGGGGAGAUGCUGGUGUGGUUGAGGGCAUGCCGUGUUUGGCCAGGGAGGUGGAAGGGCCCUGCGUGGAAGGCAGGCGCUGA